AUGGGGAAUACCCACCUAAAUAAUUUACUCUCUACAAUGAAUGUACCAACAAUGAAUCAUACUGCAAACCAAAGCAGCAUUUAUAAUCAUUUGUUCAAGGAACAAUUUGACGGCAAUGAUGCUUUAGAGGAUGUCAAGGCGCUGAGAAAAAUUCUUUUUGAAUCGUCAUUAAGCCUCUCCAGGAAAAACAUAAUUGAGAAUUCCAGUGUCAUCAGUGCUCCCCACGCAGUGGCAAACAUGCUCUACCUAGAUCAACGCCACGAACUUCUUCUAACAUUCAGUGAUAACUUGUUCAACGUAACCGACACCGGACCAAUUAAAAGAUCAAUGGCACAAAACAUCCCUGACAGUGGUCUCUCUUACGAUGAACUUCACAAACUGUACACAAGGUUUGGUAAAAGAGGACUAGUCGCCAUAUUGUCUAAUCCACUAACAACUUCAUCGGCGAAGACACCACGAGUCACACGGACGAAGAGGAUAUUGGCCGCCAUAGUUAAACACUUCGAAAAAACCAGCAACGAAGAAUAA